AUGAAAUAGAAAGAGGAUUAGUAAAAUACUUUGGUUAUUUUAUUCUAAAAUAGUAAUGAUCAAGGUGAAAAGAUAAAUCUACCAAAUAAUUAUGAAGAUUUCAAAAAUGAGAUGUAUGAUAAAUAUCAAUUAGCAAAGACAAAUAAAUAUGAGUACAAUAUUUCAUUAAAAUAGGUUUGAUAAUAAGAAUAUGGUGUUUAAUAGAAUCAUAGAUUCUGAGAAAACUUAUAAAGAAAUGAUAGAAAAUUUAUUAAAAUCCAAAGAUGAAAUAACAAAUACCCCAUUGUUAAGAGUAAUAGAAGAGAAAAAUCAAAUACUUUUUGUGACCGAUUCUAGUGCUGAAAGUUUGUAAUUACCAUCUAAUUAUUAUUAAUUCUAAAAGAAGAUGGAAAACAAAUUUUAAAUGCCAAAGACAACUAAAUAUAUGUGCAAUACUUUUAAUUAUAAUAGCUAUGUUGCAGAUAAUGAAAAAAUAACUAUAGAUUCUGAAUCAUAAUAUAAUGAAGUUCUAAAAAAUUUAAAGAAAGAAGCAAAAACAAGAACUUUAAAAGCAGAUGAUGAACAUAAGUUUGACUAUAAUUCGUUAUUUUUUAUUGAAAAUAACAAUAUAUCUUGUGUUUGUAAAUAUUAAGGAACGAAUUCUAAUAAAUGUAGAUAUUGUAAUGGUACUGGUUUAAUUAAUAAUUAAUAAUAAGAAGGGUAUAUAGAAUUAAAUAACGCAUUUUAAAUACUAAUAGAGAAGAAUUUCCAAAAGAUAAAAAAAUAUAUUAAAGAUAAUUAUAAAGAAAAUGUUGAAAACCUUUAAGAUUGGGCAGUAUUCAAUUAAAAGUUAUUUAAUUUUGAGAAUAAGAAAGAAUUUUAUUUUAAAUGCAUAAAAUGUGAUAUAUUUUAGGUAAAAGUAAAUAUUGUACAUGUUAAAAGUUAAUAAAUACCUUAAGAGCCUGUUUGUGAUAAAUGUUUUAAAUCUAACAAUUUACAUGGAUAUAUUUAAUAUCCUAGUAAAUUCCCACAAGAGAAUUUAAACAAAGAUUAAGAUAUAUUUCUUAAUAAACCUCCAAAUUUAAUGUAAUCAAGUCAUUGA